AUGGUCGUUGGCGUCGAGUGGUCGGUUGCGCUCCCCGACGGUUUCGCGGUCCACGUCCAGAAAGACAUGCUGGACCUAGUCCACGAGUACUCGGACAGCUCGCCCGAGACGCGCGAGAUCGACGCGUACCAAGCUGGGUACAAGGUUGCCCACGAGUACCCGACGUCCAAGGUCUUCUCGCGCAAGAGCCAAGCCUCGGGCUACAAUGAAUUCCUUGUUGUUGGCAACGCCGACGUGACGAUCGACGAGUACGUCGAGCUCACGUACUGCGAGUGCGAAGAGACGUUUCGGACGCAGCAGACGCUUUUUUACGCCGAGGACCUCCUCGACGCACGCGUUCUCAACGUCACGCUCGCGCGCUGCGACGACGACCCGUUCCGACACUUCGGUGUCCGCUACAAGAAGAUGAACAUGGCGUACAACGGCGUGUUUGCGCCGCGGGAUACCACCUACGUCGAGUGCACCGGGUCCUUUGUCAACAAGAAGGGUCUCCGCGGCGUCUACUGUGUCCGCGAAUCCAUGGACUUUGACGAAAUUCCCGAGAUACCUGGCGUCGUGCGGUUCUAUAUGAAGGCGAUGUUCCUCCUCACCGAAGCCCGCGACGGCACGGUCGAGCUGCUCCAAGUCAUGACGGCCAACCCGCUCGGGAAGAUACCAGCUUGGAUGUUCAACAAGACGUCGAUGGCGUACAGCCACAUGAGCGACGACUACGCCAAGUAUUUGCAGCAGAAACGGCUACUGGCCUACGUGGCGUCGAAGCGCAAGCCGCGCCACCCGAUCAAGUAG